AUGGUCCCAUUCCUGCUACUACUUCUCCACCUCGCCGUCACCGUUGCCGCCGCCGGCGAUGCCACCACGCUGACCGCCACCCCAGCGACCAUUACCAGAUCCGACCAAUGGAUCACGCUCCGGUGGUCCAACCUCCCCUCGCCCAGCCCGCUCGACUACGUGGCCCUCUACUCCCCGCCGUCCUCCGCCGACCUCGACUACCUCGGCUUCCUCUUCCUCAACGCCUCCGCCUCCUGGCCCACCGGCGCCGGCACCCUCCUCCUCCCGCGCCUCCCCGACCUGCGCGCGCCCUACCAGUUCCGCCUCUUCCGGUCGCCGCCCGCAGAGCCGUCCACCAACACGCGCCUAGACCAGGACCACGACCCUCUCCCGGACGCGCGCCACCGCGCUGCCGUCUCUGCUGACGUCCGCGCCGAGGGCAACGGCUCCCGGCCGGCGCAGGUGCAUCUGGCGUUCGCGGACGCGCCCGACGAGAUGCGCGUGCUGUUUGUGUGCGGCAACGCCGGCGACAGGGCGGUCAGGUACGGCCUCCUGGGCCGGCGCGAGGAGGAGUGGGACGAGGCGCCGGCGGAAGCCAGGACGUACGAGCGGCGCCAGAUGUGCGCCUACCCGGCCAACGACAUCGUCGGCUGGAGGGAUCCUGGGUUCGUGUUCGACGCCGUGAUGAAGCGGCUGCAGCCUGGGAGAAGGUACUUCUACAAGGUAGGUAGUGAUUCUGGAGGAUGGAGUGAGAAGUACAGCUUCAUCUCUCGUGACAUUGAGGCCAACGAAACCAUUGCCUUCUUGUUUGGUGACCUGGGAACUUACGUUCCUUACAACACCUACUUCCGGACUCCUCAAGAGAGUUUGUCGACAGUGAAGUGGAUCCUUCGUGAUCUUGAAGUCAUUGGUGACAGAGCUGCAUUGGUUUCACAUAUCGGAGACAUCAGCUAUGCGAGAGGUUAUGCCUGGUUAUGGGAUCAUUUCUUCGAACAAAUUGAGCCUAUUUCGUCCAGUACUCCGUACCACGUAUGCAUUGGGAAUCAUGAGUAUGAUUGGCCUUCACAGCCUUGGAGCCCCUCUUGGGGUGCCAAUAUUUACAACGGAAACGAUAGCGGAGGCGAAUGUGGGAUACCAUACAGCAUCAAGUUCAGAAUGCCUGGCAACUCUUCUCUGUCCACUGGCACUGGAGCUCCCGACACGCAUAAUCUCUACUACUCCUUUGAUGCUGGUGUUGUGCAUUUCGUUUACAUGUCCACGGAGACGGAUUUCACUCAGGGCAGUGCCCAACACAACUUCAUAAAGGCAGACCUUGAGCGUGUCAACCGGAGCCGAACACCAUUCAUCGUGUUCCAAGGCCACCGGCCAAUGUACACCUCGAGCAAUGGGACCAAGGAGACUGCUCACCGCGAGCAGAUGAUUCAGCAUGUCGAGCAACUAUUUGUAAAGCACAAUGUGACGCUUGCUCUUUGGGGUCACAUCCACAAGUAUGAGCGAUUCUGCCCCAUGAAGAACUACCAGUGCCUCAACACAUCAUCAAGCUUUGUGUACCCUGGUGCUCCCGUACAUGUUGUGAUUGGGAUGUCUGGUCAAGAUCGUCAGCCAAGCUGGGAAGCAAGGCCGGACCACCCUGAUGUGCCAAUCUUCCCUCAGCCAGAGAGGUCCAUGUACCGUGGCACCGAGUUUGGGUACACAAAGCUGAUGGCCACAAGGGAGAAGCUGACGCUGGUGUAUAUUGGGAACCAUGAUGGGCAAGUCCAUGACAUGGUUGAGAUAUUCUUAGACAAUAACAGUAUGCAUGUUAAGCUGCCGCCAAAAGUUAUUUGGUCGUACAUGGGAAUUGCCAGCAGUGUGAUACUUUCUCUGCUGGUGGGCAUUUUGGCUGGCUUCCUUGUUAGAAGGAAGAGAGACUCUGGACGGUGGAUUCCUAUCGUCAAUGAGGAGGCCUAAUUAUUAAGACUUAGGCUUGACGAUGUAAAGUUUGACCAAGAAGCUAGCAUUCGGAUAACUUGGUGGGUUGCUUGCAUCAGCUAAGUUUGUGAUUGGUUGGAAGGAUAAAGAAUGGUUGAGGAUAAUAUGUGUUGUGUUUGAGGGGUGACUGCUGGAUAGUGUGUUGUGGUGGGAGUGUGGACUUUUGGAGCUCAAGCUUCAUGUAGCUCGUUUUUAGAAGGAAUUGAAAGCCAUGUUUUGAAGUU